AAUAUGGACGACAUUGAUCUCCCUUUCUGAACAGCAUCGUGUUCAAUGUUAUGCAAUUUUUCCUGCAUUUCAGUUGUUUGAUGCAAAUUCGUGACUUCCAUGACAUCUGUUGAAAUGUUAUUUAAUCUGAUCAAAACUUGUAUUCAGUAAUCAGACAUUCAGGAAUAAGACUUUUCUACUGUUUUUGCAUGGAAAUGAAUGCAAUGUGACCUUCCAUCAAAAUAUUUGUAGAAUUUCUGUGAGCGUUUGCAAUGUCCACAAAAAGUGAUGUUCGAAUUCUCCUACUUGGUGAUCCUGGAGUUGGAAAGACAUCCUUGAUAUUGACCCUUGUCAGUGAAGAGUUUCCUGAUGAGGUUCCAGCCAAAGCUGAAGAAAUCACAAUUCCUGCUGAUGUUACUCCAGAAAGAGUUCCUACACAUAUAGUAGAUUAUAGUUCACAGGAACAAGAUGAAGAAACUUUACAGGCAGAAAUUGUAAAGUCCAAUGUUAUAUGUUUGGUGUAUUCGGUGGAAGAUGAAGAUACAAUUGAAAGAAUAACCACAUUUUGGUUACCUUACAUUCGACAAUGUCGAGGAGAAGAACACAGUAAUCCUAUUAUAUUAGUGGGGAACAAGUCAGAUUUACUGGAUUUCAGUACAAUGGAGACCAUGAUGCCUAUCCUGAAUGACUUUGCUGAAGUGGAAACAUGUGUUGAGUGUUCGGCAAGAACAUUGAAGAAUAUAAGUGAGAUGUUUUACUAUGCCCAGAAAGCAGUACUGCAUCCUACAGCGCCUGUAUAUAAUCCUGAAGAAAAAGAGCUGACAUCGCUGUGUAAGAAAGCAUUAACACGAAUAUUCAAGAUUUGUGACCUAGAUAAUGACCAUUUACUGAACGAUGAUGAAGUCCAUUUGUUUCAGAGGAAAUGUUUUAAUGCACCACUACAUCAGCAAGCCUUAGACGAUGUGAAGUCCAUUGUCAAAAGAAAUAUAACCGAUGGGGUCAAAGAAAAUGCAUUAACACUUAAAGGGUUUUUAUUUCUGCACACAUUAUUUAUACAACGAGGUCGACAUGAGACAACAUGGACAGUAAUGAGAGCUUUUGGUUACGACGAUCGAUUACAGCUCACCAGAGAUUUUUUAUAUCCAAAAAUAAUGGUGGGAUCUGGUUCCACAACAGAGUUAUCUUUACAAGGGAUACAGUUUCUUAAAAUGGUCUUCAACAAAUAUGAUGAAGAUAGUGAUGGCUGCUUGUCACCACCAGAGUUACAGAACUUAUUUAGUACUUGCCCUGUCAUGCCUUGGGGACAAGAUGUUAAUAAUACAGUCUGUACAAAUCCAAAUGGCUGGAUAACAUCGCAAGGUUAUCUGGCUCAGUGGGCGUUAACCACACUUCUAGAUGUACCUAGAACUAUAGAGUUUUUAGCCUAUUUAGGUUAUCAGUAUUUACAUGACAGUCAGGUUUCGGCUAUUCAAGUUACUAGGGAUAAGAAAAUAGAUUUAGACAAGAAACAUACCUCCAGAAAUGUGUUCAGAUGUCAUGUGCUUGGUGCUAAGUCUGUUGGCAAGACCUCUUUAUUACAAGGCCAUUUAGGAAGGAAUCUCAGAUAUUUGGCCACAUUAGAGAGGGAACAUUUAUCUACUUUUACAAUCAAUCUUGUACAAGUCUAUGGUCAAGAAAAAUAUUUAAUGUUACAUGAAGUUGAUGUUGUCGUUAGUGAAAUGUUAAACCCGACAGAGAUGAACUGUGAUGUAGCCUGUUUAUUAUAUGAUGUGACCAAUCCUAGGUCCUUUGAAUUCUGUGCUAAAAUGUACCUGAAACAUUUUAUAGACAGUCGUAUCCCAGUUUUAUUUGUGGCUGGAAAAACAGAAUACCCUGCAGUACGGCAGGACUUUGAAAUGACUCCUGCACAGUUUUGUCAAAAAUUUAAACUUCCACCCCCAGAAGAUUUUGCCUGUUUAGAUAAAAUUAACAAAGAUGUUUAUAUCAAAUUAGCUACGAUGGCUGCAUAUCCAAAUCUGAAACGACUUGUGCACAUGUUACUGGUUCGGCAGAAUCCACUUUGGCUUGAAGAAAAUAUCAGACAUGUGAGAGAUGUUGUUUUACAGAACGAUAGACUGUUUAUGAAAAUUGGCGUCGGACUUGCUAUGGCGACAGUUUUUGGUUUUAUAGUAUACAGAAUUACUAAGGCUCUCCGAUAACAGCGACUUAGUGCUAGUUCAGCAAACUACAGAAAGCAUUCAGGACCCAAUCAUGAGUUCUUUGUACAAGCAAUGCAAAUGUUGCUUUAAGGGAUAAAAAGAGAUUCAGAAAUUUUUACGAUGAUAUUUUAAUAUGACUUUAAGGAAAUGUUAUGAAAGGGAAGGUAGUAUGUAUUGGUAGAUAUGAUCUGUAAAACUGAAUUUUUAUGCAUCGUUUGAGCUUUUCUAAAGAGCUUCCUUUGACUGAUGGGUUUUAAUGACUUCCUACCUAAAUGUUUAUGGUGUUUAUCUAUCAUUCAAAUUAUUAAAGGUAAAGUUGUUAAUGGAAUAGAUUUUGAUCUUGCAUGUGAUCAGCUGGAACAGAAUAAAAAGAAUAAACUAAUGGUUUGAGUAUAUCUUAAUUUACAUUUUCCAAUAAUUAUUUAAAGAUUUCUUGCAACCAUCAAAGUGUGAUUAAGAAUAUUAAAUCCUCUCUUUCUCCCAGUAUUUUUUUGGAAGGAAGCUAAGAAUCUUGAAAAAACCAUGUGUGGCCCUAAAAAUGCAAAGAUAAAUUAUAGGUUUAUAGUAAUAUUGUCUGGAUUUUGAAUGAAAAUGAGUCAAAAUUUAUUAUUUUGAAACAGCAAUAUUUAUCAAAUGCAUUGAAGCCUUUUCUUUUUUCAACAACUACAGACAAUUAUGGUGCAUAAUUACACUUAAAAUGUAUAUAUAUAUUGUCCAGUUUUUUCCCCACAUGAAUUUUUCUCACUUAAAUAGAAAAUACACCAUAUCUCAUUAUUUUUAUAAGUAUGUCAUUAAUGAAGAUCCUCUGUCAUAACUUAACCAUACAAUAUUAGAUUUUAUUAGAUAAAAGACUUUUACAUGCAUUCUACAUACUUCAUAACAUCCUGUAUUUAACUUGAAAAACACUUACAUUGCCUAAUGCAUUAUGUGUAUGAUUUAAAGGAAAUAUUGGAUACACAUCAAUGAUUUAAAAAAAAUAAAACAUCUAGAAACAUACCAUGACCUUUUUUUCUUUCUCACGUUUUUUUGGGAUCAAUUCAAUGUAAAUGUUGCGCAAUGCUUUCUUCAAAAGAAUAUAGAGAAUGUGUACAAAAAAUUUCAAACAUUUGCCAAGAGUUGUUUUCAUAUCAUUUGUAUGCCUUGGCUGUGAUUAUCUGGUUGACAUAAUGUUUCUUAUCAUAAAAGACUUCUGUUAACACUUGUUAUUGUUAAUACUAUGAAGGUUUUAUUUGUUAGGUAUAUGCUGUAACAUUUCAGAUUUGUCCAUAUUUCUUACUGGUCAUUAGCGUAGUUAAAAACUGGUAGUGGCUGAAAACAAAAUUUCUCAGACAAAAUUCAGGUAAUACAAAGGUAUAUAUAUAUAGUUCCCAAAUCCUUAGCAAUUUUGGUUUUCAUAAGGAAUAAUUUUUGCACCAACGGAUGGUUCUAAAAGAACACUUUUUUAAUAGGAAAACAAUCCAUAUAAAUUUUAGUGCUUAAAUAUUUACUUUUUUAAACAUGAGUGCAAUGCAUACGCUUACAGAAAGAUUCUAUUGUGAUGGCUCUUUAUAAAUAAUGAAUUUGUGAAAAUGUUAGGACUCAAGUUUGACAGUGCUUGUAUAAUAGAAUUGUUCCUGCUUGUGUGAUAAUAGAUUGAAGAAAAUGUGUUUGUUAAUGGUAUGGUGUUUUUUUUAUAAUUUAGAUAUAAGUGGUUAAACAUACUGCACCUGUUUUAAAAACUGACUCCUAUUUAUUUUUAAAAGGUUAAUAAUGAAACAUAUUCAAAAAAAAUUUGAUUGGACAAAAAAUCUCAAAAAUUAAUGUAAAAUUUUUGAAAGAAAUUUUGUGCAUGUGAAUCCUGUGUUCUUUGUGAUCUGAAACCAAUUAAUGUACUCUGUAUUUUAUGUAAUUCCCAUUUCGAAAUGAUCAGUGGUGGUAUAUUUGUACAAUAAAAAGUAUACAGACUUCUCAUAGAAAUCUGCCAAGAAUCCUGUCUAGGACAGUUUGAAACUUCUCUAGCUUGUAAGAUUUUUCCAGUGUUGAACUUUUGUCAUUGUUUGGUUGUUUAUCCAUCCUUACAAUGCUUAAAAGGGUUUAAAGGAAAAAAAAAUCUUGGGUUAGAGAGUUAAAUAAAAGUUUGGAAUAUCUUUGUCAUCUAUAAAAUUCUCUAUUUCUGGAGAUAUGCCAUGAAUAUGUCCUUUUUGGAAGAGGUAAUUCAUCAUCCUUCUUUUGGGUUUUUUUUUCAUAAUGAUGGGGAACAAACACACAGAAAUCAGAUGUCAGAAUUAUUUAACUACCAGAAAUUGCGUGAAUGGUAGUCUUGCUUUCUGGUUUUUGUUUUUCUCUAUUUGUUAUAUGGGUCUCCUGCUUUGUAAGGCUUUUAAUUAAUUUUAUAAAUAAUGAUGAAAAGUAAAACAAUUGAUUUUGUGUUAAUUUUCUGCUUUUCAAAUGGAUUUAAAGAGUAGCAAUUAAAGUAGUUCACUUGUCAUAAAGUUGAACAACUUAAGUCAAAUUACAAACAUUUUACUAGUUUAUCUUUAGUGGAUAAUUCAAUUUAGUUUAAAGGGUAAAGUAGUAGAAUGUGUCUCUAAUAGUUAAAUGAAAGACUCCCUACCCUGAUAUUCAAAAUACAUUUGGGACGAAAAAUUCAUGCCAACUACUUAAUCAGAAUUUUGUUUACCAAAGUUUAUACAACUGCCCAGAACAGGUUUAAUUGAAGAAAAUUGGAGAAAUUGAAAUAAAUUUUUACAUAGGUAUCAGAACGAAGCCCCUCUCCAUCUUGUCUGCCAAAUUAUUCAGUUAAAAGACCUGAAUAUAUAAUAUUGGUCUUCAGAUCUAUAGUAUUCACUAAUUUGUAUAGCUGGAAAUGUUUGAGUAUUUGACAUUUCUUCCUUGAUGUAAACUCAAAUAAAAAAAAAUACUUUAUCAAAAUUUACAGGUUAUUGAUCAAGUGAAUACACACCCAUUUUCGGGCUAUAAGUAUGAAAUGCAGACAAAAAUCUAUUGUACACAAUAGACCAAUACAAUUGUUUUUAAUAGCCAUUGUUAACACAACUCCUAUUGUAUCUGAUGUUUACAUUGUCUGCAAUAGAGUGUGAAAUAAGUUAUCUGAUAUUGUUCAGAUUAACCACUGGUUUUGUUAUGAAUGUAUAUAUUAUUAGAUGUAGUCUAACUAUUUAUGUAAUUAUGUACAUUGUAAGACAUAUUUGGGUGUGUGAAUUACUAUAAAUGUCUGAAAGAUACUGAAGAUGAAAUAAAAAUUUUAAGAAACAA